AUGUUGGGGAGAGGCAGAACUGCGGCCCCGCUGAGGGGCGGCCGCCGCUUUUCCGCCCCUUCGAGAGCGUGGGAUGGCGGGGAGUUCUUCGUCGGGCAGCGUCCAUGAGCUGCUGGGGUUGAGGGGAUCGGGCCGGCAGUGCGGUGCCCUCGCUGCCUCUGCAACGCGCCGGAGCCGCCGCUGAGCGCGGCCUCCUGCCCGUUACCGCCCCGUGCGCUUCGGUGCAGUCACCGUCAGCAAAAUCAAUGAAAGGGACUCCGCCGUGCCUUCCCACAUCCCGCCGGUGAGCAGCCGGCUUUGCUGGCCUUUGGGAGUGGGCAGGCCCUGGCACAGGGUGCCCAGAGCAGCUGGGGCUGGCCCUGCAUCCCUGGCAGUGCCCAGGGCCAGGUUGGACUUUCAGGGCUUGGAGCAGCCUGGGACAGUGGAAGAAUUCCCUGCCCAUGGCACUGGAUGGGCUUUAAGGUCCCUUCCCAUCCAAACCAUUCCAUGCUAAUUUUGUGGUUUAUUCAGGCCAAGUGAGAUGCAGAAAAUAAAAGUUAUUACUUUCCAUUUCUCGUGCCUGUUGUUGAAAUGUGGAACGGUUCAGUCCCAAUACCACAGAAGGAAUAAACACCAACAGUACCAACUCAGAUUUCAGCUCCUGGUUACAGAAUUCAGAUGGUAACAUUGUAAAACCUUAAUAAAAUACAUAAACAUUUAAUUUAGAAAUCCUCUAUAAAAACGAUUCGUAAGAUAUUGUUUAUUUAUAAGGCAUCAUUAUAAGAAAAUUUUAUAAAAGGUGUCAAAUACUGGAGAGCUUGGCUGGUGUUUACAGCCUGAUUAAGUGCUUGUUUUGGUACAAAUCGGUCUAAUAAUUACAAAUAUAUAUCGAAAUACAGUAUUUACAUAUAUUAACAUAUAUAAUGACAGUAUAAUAAUUUAUCGGUGUAAAUAAUCAGCUGCAGUGAUUAUUUCGGUCACUUCUGAGACAACGACCCUUCCCUUACCCGAUCACCUCUUCUACUUCUUCACGGGUUUUCCAUAUUUAGUGCCAGCAGGGUUGAGGACAGCAUGCGUUGGGAAUAUCCGCGAUUCCUUCCGGACGCGGGCAUUUAAACUGCCCGCCGGCUCCCGCUCCUUUUGCCCGGCUUCGGGCACCAACCGGCGGAGCGCUACGGGCGGCGCACCCGGAAGUGGCGGAGCGCUUUGAGCGGUGCACCCGGAAGUGGGCGGAGGUUCGGGACGAGCAUCCUCGUGAUGGCGGCGGCACCGCUGCGUGUGCUGGCGUGUGGCGACGUGGAGGGGCGGCUGGACGCGAUCUUCGGGCGGGUCCGCGCCAUCCAGGCCAAGAGCGGCCGCUUCGACAUGCUUUUGUGUGUCGGGAAUUUCUUUGGCUCUACUUCCGAGGCAGAAUGGGCCGAUUACCGCACGGGGGCCAAGAAAGCUCCAAUCCCAACCUACGUGCUUGGUGCUAACAACCCGGACACCCUGAGCUACUUCCCAGAUGUCAGCGGCUGUGAGUUGGCUGAGAACAUCACUUACCUGGGCCGCAGGGGCGUGUUCAGCGGCUGCUCGGGGCUGCAGAUCGCAUACCUGAGCGGCACCGAGGCGCAGCAGCAGCCCGCGCCCGCCCACUGCUUCGGCGCCAAGGACGUGGCUGAGCUGAAAGCCUCCCUGCUCUCCACCCCAAACUUCAGGGGUGUGGAUAUACUGCUGACAUCCCCCUGGCCCAGAGAUGUGGGGACUUUUGCCAACAGCGCGGGAGAAAUAGAUACCAAGAAGUGUGGCUCCAAGUUAGUAUCAGAUCUGGCUGCAAGUCUCAAACCAAGGUACCAUUUUGCUGCCCUGGAGAAGGCCUAUUAUGAAAGACUUCCUUACAGGAAUCACAUGGUGCUACAGGAGACCCCACAGCACGUCACUAGGUUUAUUGCCCUUGCUGAUGUUGGCAACACAAGCAAGAAAAAGUACCUCUAUGCCUUCAGCAUCGUGCCCAUGAGCUCAAUGGACCCUGCAGAGCUGGUGAAGCAGCCUCAGGACGUCACCGAAAAUCCCUACCGGAAACUGAGGAAGGAGGCUCCCAAGAGCAAAGCCCCGCUCUCUGCAGAGGAAGAACCAGCUUGUCAGUUUUUCUUUGACUUGAACAAGCAUCAGGGAAAGAAACGUCCCUCAGAGGGGAAAGAGGGAGGGGACUCCCAGCCUAAGCAAGCCAAGAAACCCCCUCAGCCCACGGGGCCCUGCUGGUUCUGCCUGGCCAGCCCAGAGGUGGAGAAGCACUUGGUUGUCAGUAUUGGCACACAUUGCUACCUUGCCCUGGCCAAAGGGGGUUUGUCUCCUGACCACGUCCUGAUUUUGCCAAUUGGGCACUAUCAGUCAGUGGUGGACUUGUCUUCAGAGGUGCUGGAAGAAGUGACCAAGUACAAGGCUGCUCUAAAGGAAUUUUUCAGAAGCAAGGGAAAGAGAUAUGUCCUAUUUGAAAGAAACUAUAGGAGUCAGCAUUUGCAGCUACAGGUCAUCCCUGUCCCACUGGACCUCUGUACAUCUGAAGACAUCAAGGAGGCCUUUAUUACACAAGCACAGGAGCAGCAGAUUGAGCUGUUAGAAAUCCCAGAGCACUCGGAUAUCGCGCAGGUGGCUCAGCCGGGGACGCCGUACUUCUACGUGGAGCUGGACUCGGGGGAGAAGCUGUUCCACCGCAUCCGCGGCCGCUUCCCGCUGCAGUUCGGCAGGGAGGUGCUGGCGAGCGAGGCGCUGCUGGCGCAGCCGCAGCGCGCGGACUGGCGGCAGUGCGCCGCCCCGCGGCCCGAGGAGGCGGCGCAGGCCCGCGCCUUCCGCCGCGACUUCGAGCCCUUCGACUUCUCCCUCCGCGACUGA